AUUGAAGGAACCUUCCUGGAAGCUACCCAUGGCUGCACUUCUCUGUUUCCAUUUAAUCCCAGCGUUUUCCUCCCUUCUUCCUCAUCAACAACGAUUUCCACUCUGGCUCUCUCUCUCCCCCCUCCCCCCUCUCUCUCCCUCCCUCCCUCUCUCGCUCUCUCUGAAUUUGGUUUUCAAUUCGAGCCAUGAAGCUGGCGAUCAAGAUCAAUCCUAAGCAAAUCUUCCGAUCCAAGAAGACCCGGUAUGCCUCACGGUCCGAUCCGUCUUCUUUCAGCUUAGGUUCGUUGUCGUCCGAUUCCUCAGAGUCGUCGUCGUCGUCGAGCCAACAGCACCACAAGUCCGAUCUGAGAAAUGGCACGCCGAAGAGCGUCUUGCCGUCGAGUUCGAUGCAGAUCUCUGGCGACUGGUCCGAAUUGAUGGCCGGCGAUGUCUAUUCGGAGUUGGUGCAGGCUUUCAAGAUGAUAGACAGAGAUGGCGACGGCAAGAUCACCACGAAGGAGCUGGAGGCGGUGCUGAACCGAGUUGGCACGCAGCCGCUGAGCGAGGAGGAGUUGGGGACGAUGCUUAGCGAGGUCGAUCGCGACGGCGACGGCUGCAUCAGCUUGGAGGAGUUCAGCGCUAUCGGCCCGGCCUUCGGGCCGCCGGCCUGUCCCUCCGAGCUGCGCAACGCCUUCGAUUUCUUCGACGCUGAUCACGACGGCAAGAUCAGCCCGGCGGAGCUGCACUCGGUGUUCGUGGCCUUGGGCGACGAGCGGUGCACUUUGGAGGACUGCCGGCGCAUGAUCAGCGGCGUUGACAAGAACGGCGACGGGUUCGUGUGCUUCGAGGACUUCGCUCGUAUGAUGGAGCUGCAGAGAAUAUGAUCUUGGGAUCACCAUCAUGAUCUUGUUCGUUCCUGAUGUUAAGGAAAACCAUAGUCCUCGCUUGUUGUCUGAUUUUUCUGUUUUUCUUUUUGGAUCUUCCUCUUUGGUGUUGUGUGCGUUCGGGAGGCGAAAUCGGCUUAGAAACGUCGGAUAUAAAAGAUCAAUCAAUUGGACGGCCUGGAUUGGUUGAUCUUCGUAACUUCCGGUGUCGUAUAUAUAUAUAUAUUAUAUAAAUGAAUGGAUGAAUCUCAAUCUCUUUGUCCUUCAAACCAA